CCAGCAACAUUGAUAUUUUCAAUUGCUGUCAUAGCAUAUAAUCGGCAAUCAUACCAUUCCAGUGUUACAAAGACUUCAUCAGAAUCACAAUUUGGAAUGUUCGAAAUGUCAGUUAGUGCCUGUAUGUAUGUUGCUUGCGGGUCCGUCGUGCCAACAACGGACUACGCCUAUAAUCCGGCGUAUUCACAGUAUGGAUCGGCGUAUGGGUCUUAUGGAUACACCGCCGGCACAGGACUAUUAAAUUCGUCGUACUACUAUGAAGGUAGCCAAUGUCAAACAUCGGCCGUACUAAAUCAAGACAUGCGAUCACCUUUGGCGGCCACACGUGCAAAUUCAUUGGCAUCUGCUGCUUCACCUACUGGAAGUGCAUGCACCAAAUCGGAAACGUCGGACAUAUUUUUGGUGUAGUAUCUUAAGAAUUGUAAUCUAAAUCACCGCACCAAUAAUAGUAUACAUUAAGCGCAUAAUAUGCAUUACUGCAGUUAUAUAUGAAUAAUAUAAUAUUUAAGGUUCAAACGAGUACUUCAAAAAUACAAAACAUUCUGGAAGUACGUAAACAUAUACGAAUGAUAGAUCUAUGGUAUUAAACCUUUAAAUUAAAUGUUGUAAGUUGUA